AUGGCAUCUUCAAAGGUUUGCAAGGAAAGAUUUGAUGCUGCUGUCACAUAUCUGGGUGCUAUUGGAAUUCAGAGAGAAACUGUUUCACCAGUGUUGACGAAUCUAUUAGAGUUGUAUGAUCACAACUGGGAGUUUAUAGAAGCUGAUGACUUUCGGGUUCUAACCGAUGCCAUAUUCGACGAGCCAGAUCGCAAAGAAGAACAGCAAAGGCAAGCUAACAAGAGGAAGAAUCUUGAUUCGGAUCACUGUAAAAAGAAGCUAAAGAUAAAACAUCAUUCUCGAAAACCUACAUCCAAGGUGCGUGUCAAUGAGAAGAGAGAGUUGGCUGAAGCUCCACUGCAGCAAGAAGCAGGCCCUCAAACUGUUUGUGCCACUGGGAACACAUUGCAGUUGUCUUCUUCACGACUGCCGAUUGAAGAAACAGGCAUGGAAAUCAAUGUUCUCAAGGAUACAUUGACAGAUGAAGAUAGUUCAGCUUUAUCACUCCAAGGUCAAGAGCUUCCUACUUUCGAGACCCCGCUGGCAGUUAUGUGCCCACCAGUUCAAGAUUCCAGCCAUCAGAGAGCAUACAAUGACGCACACAACAAGUCUAUCAUUGAAUUGGACUAUACAUAUAGUGAACCAAGAGAAAGUGGAAUGCUACAAAUAGUUCCUGCCAUGGACUUUUUACCUAAGCCUUCAGUGCCAAAUCAAGCUGGUUCCUCGUGUAUGCCACCUAAUAAUAGCAUGAUCCAUGGUGGUAUUUGCCCCUCUAGUGCUACUGCUGGAGAACAGAGCAGUUCCAGUAAUAUGCUGGUUAUUGCCAAGCCCAAGGGACCAGCUCAUGAUGUCAAUGACAUAACAAAAGGUGAAGAACAUGUGAGAAUUCCCAUAAUCAAUGAAGGUGGCAAUGGGAUUCUUCCUCCUCCCUUUCACUAUAUACCACGCAAUAUCACAUUCCAGAAUGCAUAUGUCAGUCUUUCCCUUGCUAGAAUAGGAGAUGACAAUUGCUGCUCAGACUGCUUUGGAGAUUGCCUAGCAGAACCGAUUCCUUGUGCAUGCGCAGCAGAAACUGGAGGCGACUUUGCUUAUACAAGAGAUGGCCUGCUUAAGGAAGAAUUUCUCAAUUCUUGUCUCUCCGUGCUUCCAAAAUUCUACUGCAAAAUUUGUUCAAGGGAACGAGUGAAGAUCGUAAAUUCUGAGUCACCAAACGCCAAGGUGAAUCCUUGUAAAGGGCACCCUAUAAGGAAAUUUAUCAAGGAAUGCUGGAGUAAAUGUGGAUGCGCCAGAAAUUGUGGAAAUCGUGUGGUGCAGCGGGGUAUUAGUCGGCACCUACAAGUUUUCUUAACCCCUGGAGAAAAAGGAUGGGGACUGCGGGCUGCUGAGGAACUUCCUUGGGGCGCAUUUAUUUGUGAGUAUGUUGGUGAAAUAUUGACGAACAAUGAGCUGUAUGAGCGAAACAAUCAAAUGGUGUCGAACGGUAAGCAUACCUACCCUACGUUGCUUGAUGCUGACUGGGUCACUGAAGAUGUUCUGGAGGACGACCAUGCUCUCUGUCUGGAUGGCACCUUUUAUGGGAACGUGGCAAGGUUCAUAAACCAUAGGUGUUCUGAUGCCAAUCUUAUUGUUAUACCUGUUGAGAUUGAGACACCCGACCACCACUACUACCAUCCGGCGUUUUUCACCACAAGGCAAAUAAAGCCAUUUGAAGAACUUAUAUGGGACUAUGGACUUGACUUUGAUGAUGUCAACCACCCUGUCGAGGCAUUUAAAUGUUGUUGUGGAAGUGAGUUUUGCCAGGACAAAAGGAACAUCUGAAGUAGGUGCCUCAACCUCUUUUUCUAUGGUGCAAUUAAUAGUUACAGAUGCUGAUUUCUCAAUAUUCUCUACUACUUCCUCCAUUUUGUUAUAACAGUCUUGGAGUCUCAGAUUUUAAAUAAAUUUCCAUUGAGGGAAUCAAGUGUGUAGUGUUUCCCUACCC